CGGGAGCUCCGGGAGCAAGAGCGGCCGCCGCCGCCGCAGUGUCCGCUCGGCCUUGGGCCGGCGCGCCCUCCGGGGAAGGAAGGACGGAGCCCCGCAGCCCCGGAGCCCGGGCCAUGCUGCGGCAGCGGGACUGAGGCGCCGCCGAGCCAGGGCCGAGCGGAGCCUUCCCCGGGCCGCCCUCCCGCGCCGGCCUGUGCGCCCCGGGCCGCGGAGGAACGGCGGCCUCGGCCUCCGGCGCAGCCCGGAAAUGUCUGGCAAGAUCGAGAAAGCAGAUUCUCAGCGCUCUCAUCUCUCCUCCUUCACCAUGAAGCUGAUGGACAAAUUUCACUCACCCAAAAUCAAGAGAACACCAUCAAAGAAAGGAAAACCAGCCGAUGUGCCUGUGAAAACCCUUGAGAAACCUGUGAACAAAGAGGCCACAGACAAUUUUCUACCAGAGGGCUACCCUCCUCCCUUGGAUCUGGAUCACCAAGCAGUACAAUUUAUGUCCACCAGUGCUGUGGUUCCCAGGUCUCAGAGGCAGAAGAAUCUCAGCUGGCUGGAAGAGAAAGAAAAAGAGGUUGUCAGUGCCUUGCGCUACUUUAAGACCAUUGUGGACAAAAUGGCUAUUGACAAGAAGGUAUUGGAAAUGCUUCCAGGCUCAGCCAGCAAGGUCCUAGAGGCCAUCCUGCCGCUAGUGCAGACCGACCCUCGAAUUCAACAGAGCUCAGCCAUCUCCUCUUGCUACAGCCGGGUAUACCAGAGUCUAGCCAAUCUCAUUCGCUGGUCAGAUCAAGUGAUGCUGGAAGGUGUGAACUCGGAAGAUAAAGAGAUGGUCACAACUGUGAGAGAAGUCAUCAAAGCUGUUUUGGAUGGAGUGAAGGAGCUCGUCAGACUCACGAUAGAGAAGCAGGAGCAUCCAUCUCCCACGAGUCCAGUUAAGCCCAGCUCACCAGCCUGCAAGCCUGACAGCCAACCUGAGCUCCCAUUGACUGACCGAGAAAUGGAGAUUCUCAACAAGACAACGGGCAUGUCCCAGUCAACAGAGCUGCUACUUCCCGACUCCACGGAUGAAGAAGUUGCUCCUCCCAAGCCCCCCCUCCCUGGUAUCCGAGUGGUGGAUAAUAGUCCUCCACCAGCGUUACCACCCAAAAAGCGACAGUCAGCACCAUCUCCUACCAGAGUGGCUGUGGUAGCACCCAUGAGCCGGGCCACCAGUGGCUCAAGUUUACCUGUUGGAAUCAAUAGACAGGACUUUGAUGUGGACUGCUAUGCACAGAGGAGGCUGUCUGGAGGCAGCCACUCCUACGGUGGGGAAUCCCCUCGCCUCUCCCCGUGCAGCAGCAUUGGUAAGCUGAGCAAGUCCGAUGAGCAGCUGUCCUCCUUGGACCGGGACAGCGGACAGUGCUCCAGGAAUACAAGCUGUGAAACACUAGAUCACUAUGACCCUGAUUAUGAAUUUCUACAGCAAGACCUCUCCACCGCUGACCAGAUACCUCAGCAAGUAGCAUGUAACCUUAGCCCAUUGCCAGAAUCUGUUGGUGAAUCUGGCUCUCCUUUCCAUGGACGUCCUUUCCAGCUGCCACCAGGCAACUCCCCACAGCCAGAGCUUGGCAACCCCCUAGCCACGGUGCAUCCUAUGGACAUGCCUCCUGCCCUGCCUGAGAAGAAACGGAGGAGUGCAGCCUCUCAGACCACGGACAGCUCCGGCAGUAGAGUCUCCUAUGAGAGGCAUCCUUCCCAAUAUGAUAACAUCACAGAGGAUGAUCUCCAGAACCCAACCUCUCUCCAGCCAAUAUCUUUCACGCCAUUUGCUGCUGUCCUCCCCUUCCAGCAAGGGGGCUCUUCAGCACCUGUUGAGUUUGUGUCUGAUUUUGCUGCUCCUGAGUCAACGGGUGACCCCGAGAAACCACCUCCUCUGCCUGAGAAGAAGAACAAACACAUGCUGGCCUACAUGCAGCUCCUCGAGGACUACUCAGAGCCCCAGCCUUCCAUGUUCUACCAGACGCCCCAGAAUGAGCACAUCUACCAGCAGAAAAACAAACUCCUCAUGGAGGUCUACGGUUUUAAUGACUCCUUCACCCAGGAGCUGGCCCCGCCCCCUGCCCUGCCCCCCAAGCAGAGGCAGCUGCAGGCCUCCUAUGCUGCCUCUUCCUUCUCCUCUGUCUCCUACUGUGUCCAGCCAACUAAAGUGCCCUUCACGCCUGAGGACACCAGUGCCACUCAGGGCCUCGGUAUGUCCAUCUCUAACUCCUUUCUCAGCCGGCACAGCUCCUUCCCUGUGCACUCGUAUAAGUCCGUGUUUAGGUCCUACUCCCAGGACUUCAUGCCUCACAACCAAGCUUCCGUUCCACCUUUCCUCUCGUCUACCUCCUCUUCCUCUCCACAUUUCCCACCUGUCCACCAGUCUCAGAGCUCUGACCUAGCGGUGCCAACCACAGCCAUCCUGCCUCCCAGCACUGUGGAUGGGCCCAAUUCCUGUUCUCAGGAGAGCAACUUGAAUGGGAAUUCUGUCUACCUUCCUUCUGAAACCUCUUUCACUGAUUCUCUCCAGACGCCUUCGAGCGAAAACGCCAGUGAGGAUGCUGGUGAGGGUGAAUAUGUCAAUCUGUAUUCCUCUGGCCAAAGCAACGGGGAACUCCCUCACUCUGAAGGAGAAUCACCAGCUACAAAAGAUGGACACCCCAAAGAUUCCUCCUCACACGGCAGCGCCUCCGGGAAAGAAAACAGAGAAGGUGGAGAGAGGCAGCUGAAGUCCCCAGAUGGUUUGGAAUCGACCCAGUCUGAGGAGGAAGUAGACGAGCUCUCUCUGAUUGACCACAAUGAAAUUAUGUCCAGAUUGACGUUAAAGCAAGAGGGUGAUGAUGGUCCAGAUGUCCGUGGGGGAUCUGGGGAUAUAUUGCUGGUCCAUGCAACUGAGACCGACAGAAAAGAUUUGGUUUUGUACUGUGAAGCCUUUUUGACAACCUACAGGACGUUUAUCACCCCUGAGGAGCUCAUUAAGAAGCUACAGUAUAGAUAUGAGAAAUUCUGCCCCUUCCCUGACACGUUCAAGAAGCGAGUCAGCAAGAAUACCUUCUUCGUGCUGGUGCGGGUGGUGGAUGAACUGUGCCUAGUGGAAUUGACCGAAGAGAUUCUAAAGCUCUUGAUGGAACUCGUGUUUCGGUUAGUGUGCAGUGGGGAGCUGAGCCUUGCCCGAGUUCUCCGGAAGAAUAUCUUGGACAAAGUGAACCAGAAGAAGAUGCUAAAGUGUGCCAACUCUGACCAGCCCCUGGCUGCUCGAGGAGUGGCCGCCAGGCCUGGGACUCUGCACGACUUCCACAGCCAUGAGAUUGCUGAGCAGCUGACGCUAUUAGAUGCCGAGCUCUUCUAUAAGAUAGAGAUCCCAGAAGUUUUGCUUUGGGCAAAAGAGCAGAAUGAAGAGAAGAGCCCUAACUUGACACAGUUUACUGAGCACUUUAAUAACAUGUCCUACUGGGUUCGUUCAAUAAUCAUGCUGCAGGAAAAAGCCCAGGACAGGGAACGGCUCCUUCUGAAAUUUAUCAAGAUCAUGAAGCACUUGAGGAAGCUAAAUAACUUCAACUCCUAUCUGGCCAUCCUUUCAGCACUGGACUCAGCACCCAUCCGAAGGCUGGAGUGGCAGAAACAGACCUCAGAGGGCCUAGCCGAGUACUGCACUUUGAUUGACAGCUCUUCCUCCUUCCGGGCCUAUCGGGCAGCUCUUUCUGAUGUGGAGCCUCCCUGUAUCCCAUAUCUGGGCCUGAUUCUACAGGACCUCACCUUUGUUCACCUCGGAAACCCAGACUACAUUGAUGGGAAAGUGAAUUUUUCCAAACGUUGGCAGCAGUUCAACAUCCUGGACAGUAUGAGAUGUUUCCAGCAGGCACAUUACGAAAUCCGCAGAAAUGAGGAUAUCGUGAACUUCUUCAAUGAUUUCAGCGACCACCUGGCCGAGGAGGCCCUGUGGGAACUCUCUCUCAAAAUCAAACCCCGGAAUAUAACACGGCGAAAAACAGAUCGAGAAGAGAAAACCUAGGAGGAGGAGCAGUGAGCGAAGUUAUCGCUCAAGAGACACACAGAAGGCAGCUAUGAGACUGGAAUAGACAUUUGGGCCUGUUACUGGACAACUCACCCCAGCGGCGAAAAAUGAUUCUCCUCCCACCCCACCCCCAUUCCCUCCACCCCCCUGGGUCUUCAAAUGCCCGAUUUUCGGAGCCAAAUAGCUUGUGCUUGGGCUCCCUGCCCAGUUGGACAGCAGCUCCCAAGCACCAAGGCCAGCCCCUCCAGCCAGUGCAGGAAAUUCUUCUCCACGGCCACUUCCAUUUUUCCCGGAUGCAGCCAAGACUUUACUCCAUACCUGGAGGUAGGGGACACAGAAGAACUCAGUGACUCUGGCAGAUCCUGUCCAGGCUUUGUGACUGGUUUGUGACCUGGUGUUUUCCUUUUUGGAUGGUUGACUGCUUGUCUUCAAGCCCUGUUUAACACUGUGAAGAUGCAGUCAUCCCAGGCCCAGGCAGUGGAAUGAGGGAGGAGCCCCUGUCCAAGCCCUCCCCCACCUUACAUAUCUUUGACUUUCCUGAAAGGACAGAAGGAGGGGCUAAGAAGCCUAAACACCCUUGGCAUUAAGGACCGGGCCCCCAUAUGAGGAAAAGUUGUGUAGGUUAGGGAGGACCUAGUCUCUUUGUGGAGGUUGUUUUGGGGAUGUGUGCACAGGCUGAGGAUAGAAUUGAAGAGAUACUUUCCCAAAUAGCCAGAGUUUACUUAGUCGCCGAAAGGGGGCUUCCAUCGGGCUGGGGACACUGGUAUGCGUUGCCAAGGUGUCAUCUCCUGCCUGCUUCCAGACUCGGCUCUCUAAAAGCAGAGGGUGUCAGACACCUCUCUCUUGUCCCUGCAGAUGGUCCCACACCUUCAAAAAGCUGUUGUGGUCUGGGUUUCCCAGGAGCUGGGACUCCUUAGUGACAGUACCAGUCCUGGCUUCCUGAGGUAUGGAGUGCAGGGGCAAAUGUCGGUGUCAGAAAGGAUGGAUGCCAGGAUGAGAAGGUCCAAGAAGUUCUGGUCUAAACCACAAGGCCUUGGAGUGGCUCCGACUCGGAUCAGAUAGAAGGGAAGCAGCCUAUUUGAUCAGACAGACAGAUGGGUCCUUCUCCAGGGACAGAAAGGGAAACUACCCCACCCCCAACACCCCCUUAAUGCUUUAUCAUCUUCCCACACUUAAAAGGCGCCUCUUCAGUUAUUGAUUCCUGUGAAGCUUCUUUUCGAAGCCCUGCACAGUCAGGGAGAGGGGCUUGGAGCAAGGCAGGGCUUUACCAUUAGAGAAAGAAGUUUGGGUUCAGCUUCAGUUCCUGGAGGCUCAUUUUCUGGAGUGAGGGAAGACUGUCUCGACUUGCAGAGUGUGCCUGGAGAAGGAAAGAUAGGUAUGAAGGACGUUUCUCCUGUUCUGUUUCUUUCUCCUCCCAAUCUGCUGCCAGCCAGCCCGGUACCUUCCGUCUCUGGAGGACUGUGAGCCCGCUCGAUCCCGAGUUCUGUCCCGAUCUGCUUAGUGCGUGCCUUAAACUUCACCUUCCAUCCCCUCUCCGCCUCUUCUCUUGCCAUCACCUUCCUUCUAGGAUGCUCCAAGGCCUCUUGGGAAGACUUCACCUCCACUAGCCCUUCCUGCCAGGUUUAUGUUGCACAUCAAAUCCAUUUUUGUCUUUCUUUAGGAAGAGUUCUGUUUCUCAACAAGAUUCACUUUAGGUGACCCCCUCCCCCUAUUUAAGCCAUCUAACAGAGGAAGAAGGCAUGGCUGUUGGAAAUAGGCAUGGUUCUCCACCUGGUCAUUUAACACAUCUGGGUUCUCAUGAUCUUUGGGGCAUUUCUUUGAAUCCACAUCAGCACUCCUUCCAUGCUGCUUAUGGAGAACACAAUUGGCCACAUAGAUUGACAAUCCAGCAGAUCUUGAGGAAGGAGAGAUGUAAACUUAUUUGGGGAGAAUUUUAGACUUGCUAUUUGGGGUGAGGGGAUGGAAACCCUCUUGCUUAGGCAGAACCGAGGGCUUCCCAGCAAAGGGAGAGAAUCUUCCAGCAAUAGAUUCCUGGCUCCUGCUGUUGAUCAUCUGGGACAUUUUUACAAGCAGACAUCCCACGCCAGGAGGCUUUGGGAUGGAUGAAACCGUGACCUCAGUGGGGGCAGGGGUGGGAGUGUGGUGGACACAGGGGGCUUCAUGCAAUGUCCCCCCUCCCCAGUGGGACAGUCGAGUGGCCCUCUGGGGUUUUCACUGCUUGCAGCCCCAGUUUUAAUGUUAAUGGAACAAAAAAAAUCAACAUCUGUUGAUUAUUUAAACAGAUGUGGGAGCUUUGUUUUUUUAGAGACCACCAGGACAUUUCAUUUUGCCGUCCAUUGUGGGCCUUUUGGCAUCUUUUAUUAAGAAGUCAUUUUUUUUCUGUAAAUAGGAGAGAAAAAAGGAAUCUGACAUGUUGGGCAGACCUAGAGCCGCAGUUCUGAAAGUCACUUAUUAUUUAAAGUGUGCAUUGUAGUCUAGAUGCUCACUAACAGUAUUGUUUGUGUGAGGUUUUUUUCCUUUUGUUCUGUUUUCUUUCUCUUUUUCUAAGUUGUCCUUUCAUUUCAAUCUUUUUCCAGCUUCAUUCCCACAUCUGCCUCUGGACCCUUGGGUUUGGGGGGAGGGGUUGCCCACUGAAUGUUGGAGUGAGUGUGUGUGUGUGUGUGUGUCUGUGUGUCUGUGUGUGUGUACCCGUGAGUGCUUGUGAAACAAAUAGGUGCUGGGGGGCCCAGAAGAAGUCCCGAGUUUGGGUCCUGGGAAUGUAAGAUGACCCCUGGGCUUUAGGACAGGCCUGUAGGAGUCAGUCUCUGACUGCUGACCCUGGCAUGUAGUUUCUGAGUUUCUUCCUCAAAAAUCAACCCCAAAUACUGCCCCUGCCCCGCAGUCAACUCCAGCUACAGAUUUGUUCUUGUUGCUGGCCUUAAUUGCUCAGCAGUGAGUUAGGGAUACCCUUUCCUGACCCUCUCAAUCUGUGAGCAGGGACCACUUUAUCCGGCCUAUUUUCUUUGAACAUUCCCCCAUGGGGGGAAGGGUGCAGAGAUGAAGAGAAAAAUGGGUAUACAUCUUUGCUGUUGUGUCUCUAAGGGAGCUGGCAAAGGUUCCACCCAAGAUAUGGCCACAGGGUGAAUAGUCCCAGCCCUGCAUCGCAGGUGCCUCCCUGCCUGCCCUCCCAGCACCUCUCCUGGCCUAUGCCAUUUGUGGUCUGAGCCCAGUGCCUUGGUGAGCCCAGAUGACGCAACUGAGCUGUCAUAGAUGGAAAGGGAUCCAUCCUUGUGGUAUCCCUGAUCUGUGGCCCAUUGCAUGAGUUCGAAGAGUGAGGUGCAGUAUUUUUUAAUUUAUUGGUGAAUAUUUGGGCUUUCCUUAUACCCCACCAUCAGAGUUCCCCUUCCAGCCUCUACCAUUCCCCAGCUCAGUGCCACAGACCUGGGACCGCCAUACAUAUUUCAUUUCUUACAGGGGAGAGGGGAGGGAAGUGCUGCCUAAAAGGACAGAAGGGAUCAGGCUUCAUUGCCUUUCCAUACAGGAAGGUGGGUCUCUUCUGCCACAUAUGUGUACUGGGCAGGUGUAGCCCAGGAGCCAGUGGUGAGCCCAUGUUUGAGCUAGAAACCACUGAUUUCCUCCUGCCUUUUCCUUUCUAAAGCCUGCCCUCCUCAAGGCCCCUUCCCCUCUCCCCAUGUUACAUUGUACUAUAUAUUCCCUACUAACCCAUCCCAAUAGUGACAUCUCCCUUGCAGACAUUUCAAAUGUGUAACUUUUAUGUUAAAGAAAAAUAAAUACCGAUGAAAGCCCCCGGCCUAACGAUCAUGUUUACAAUGCAUGCAGCCGUGUGUGCGAGAUUAAAGUGACAAUCAAAC